AAGACCGAUAUGGCGGCCACUCUGGGCAGCGGGGAGCGCUGGACCCAAGGGGGAAUUUGACAGACGCGGGUCCCCGAGGUCACAGAACUGUCAGUCCACUGAGAGAAUUUGACCGGUUAACAGCUAUUUACAAAACACGGCCACUUACAUUGAUGCAAUCAGAAGAAACAAAUACCCAGAUGACAGACGAGCUGAAGGCCCUGAUCCCUGUGGUUGCUGUAACUGCAUGAAGGCACAAAAGGAAAAAAAGUCUGAGAAUGAAUGGACUCAGAGCCGGCAGGGAGAUGGGAACUCCACUUACACAGAGGAACAGCUACUUGGAGUACAAAGAAUCAAGAAGUGCAGAAAUUACUAUGAAAUUCUGGGUGUUUCUCGCAAUGCCAGCGAUGAAGAGCUUAAGAAAGCUUACAGGAAGCUUGCCCUCAAGUUUCACCCCGACAAGAACUGCGCUCCUGGAGCAACAGACGCCUUCAAAGCAAUAGGAAAUGCCUUUGCGGUUCUGAGCAAUCCCGACAAGAGACUCCGCUAUGAUGCGUAUGGAGAUGAGCAGGUGACUUUCACUGCACCUCGAGCCAGAUCUUAUCAUUACUACAGAGAUUUUGAAGCUGACAUCUCUCCAGAGGAACUAUUUAAUGUGUUCUUCGGGGGACAUUUCCCUUCAGGAAAUAUUCACAUGUUCUCAAACGUGACAGAUGACAGUCACUUUUACCGCAAGCGGCACCGCCAUGAAAGGACACAGACACACAAGAGAGAGGAAGAAGACAAACCUCAGUCGCCGUAUUCCGCGUUUGUUCAGCUGCUUCCAGUCCUGGUGAUUGUGAUCAUCUCUGCCAUCACUCAGCUGCUGGCUGCCAACCCCCCAUAUAGCCUAUUCUACAAAUCAACCUUGGGCUACACCAUUUCUAGAGAAACGCAGAACUUGCAGGUGCCUUACUUUGUGGAUAAAAACUUCGACAAGGCCUACAAAGGGGCUUCUCUUCGUGACCUGGAGAAAACAAUAGAGAAAGAUUAUAUCGAUUACACCCAGACAAGUUGUUGGAAGGAGAAACAGCAAAAGUCGGAGCUGACCAACUUGGCAGGGCUGUACAGAGAUGAGCGACUUCGGCAGAAAGCGGAGUCGAUGAAACUCGAGAACUGUGAGAAACUUUCCAAGCUCAUCGGUCUCCGAAGGGGUGGCUGAGAGGACCAUGCCCUGCUCAGGGUGGGCUUUCUUACCUGUUACUUUUACAUUGCAAAUUCCACUGUAUAAUACAAGUUAGGAAACGGUGAA